CUGCAACCAUUUUCUUUGCUUUCAUAACCGAUGCAAAAAAAAAAAAAACGUUUUAAUAAAUUCAUUAUUUAUUCGUGCAAGUUGACUAAGCGCUCGCUGGACACCUGCAGCUUUACAAAUCGCGAGGGACGCGCGGCUCGCCUCGUCAAUCCUUCGGAAAAUUUCGGCUGCUUUCGGGCGCCGCUGUUGUGAAAUGGACGCGACUGAACCGGCGGCGAAAGCGCUGCAGCUGGGCGACGCGUCUGCGGGAGAGGCGGCGGGUUCGGAGACCGAAUCGGAGGCCGAAGUCGCCACGAUGACUGUGAUGGGAGAAGCGGCAAACAUCGACAUUACCGAAUCCCUACCGAACCCCGACGACGGCGAAACCGCGUUUGCGGAGGUGACAGCCGUCACUGUUGGGGACGUCCAGAGUUCAGAUGACACUGUCUUCACCUCCACAGUGACCACAGCAGCGUCCAUCCCCGAACACGUGCUCACUGGCAGAACCACGCUUCAGAUCGGAGACAGUCUGAGUACCCAGAAGGCCACACUGAUCGUGGUGCACACGGAUGGGAGCAUCGUAGACGCCACAGCACUGAAGGGCACCGCGACACCUGGCCCUCAAACCCCGGGCACCCCUCUGACGUCUGGACGCGAUAAGGAUGUCUCUAAGUACAACUGGGAUCCGUCGGUUUAUGAGAACGAGCUUCCGGUCCGCUGCAGGAACACCAGCGGGAUUCUGUACAAAAACAGACUGGGCUCAGGGGGCAAAGGGCGCUGUAUCAAACACAACAAUAACUGGUACACCCCGACUGAGUUUGAGGGUAUGUCAGGGAGAGCGAGCAGCAAAGACUGGAAGAGAAGCAUCCGCUAUGCUGGCCGACCUCUGCAGUGUCUCAUUCAGGAGCGUAUCCUGAACCCUCAUGCAGCGUCCUGUACGUGUGCAGCCUGCUGUGAUGAUCUGUCAACAUGUACGAAGGACGGAUCUUUCGGAGGAGAGAACAUCUCCAUGACGGGCCCCGUCAGACUGUUCGUCCCUUAUAAAAGAAGGAAGAAGGACAACGAGCGGGCAGCUUCUCCUGAGAAGAAGGAAGUUCAGUCUCCAAAGAACAUCACUCUGGGUCCUGGAGCAACAUUUACAGUGACUCCGUCCGGACAGAUCACCACAUCAGGCACGCUGACCUUUGACCGAACGGCGACAGGAGAGACGGCGGCCAUCAUCUCCGACAGCCCAGCGCCUGCUGACGUCUUCACCAACACAACCGUGUUGACCACCAUUCCUGCGCUGGCGGUGGUCCCUCAGCAGGCCGUGGUGCAGUCUAAACCCUCUCCGUCAGGGCCGAUCACGAAUGGGCUGGAGACGGCCGAGCAGCGCACGUGGCUUUACCUGGAGGAGAUGGCCAAUACACUGCUCAACAACGUCCAGCAACUCAAAGUCCUCAUCGCACAGGCCAAACAAGUCAGUCAGAGCGUAGCGCAUGGCGCCAUCAGCCCAGAGAAAAACAGUAGCGUCAGAAAAGAGGUGACAGAAAUACUUUAUUCAAACAAUUACAACCACAAAACUGGUCUCGGGUCAGUGUUGGGGAAACACACGUGUGUGAACUGUGGUCGAGAGGCGUCCAGUGAGUGUGCGGGCUGCCAUAAAGUCCAUUACUGCUCUGGCUUCUGUCAGCGAAAAGACUGGAAGGAGCAUCAGCUGAGCUGCUGUCCACUGGGCACGACUGUCAGCAUUCAGGAAGACGCUCAGAUGGCCGGUGUGGAGGUGGAGAAAGGGAAGGCCUAGCGCUCUCACCGCAGAACCGUGACGUAUGAAGUCUAGAUGGGUGAUCACUUCGGUUCAUGUGUUUUAGUUUAGCU